AUGGCUAAAAAAAGUAGAAAUUAUAGGACGUGGACAACACAUGAAGAUGCUAAGCUUGUGGAGGCGAUGUUAAAUAUGGUAAAUGCGGGUGGGUUUAAAGCCGAUAAUGGUUUUAAAUCUGGUUAUUUACAACAUUUGGGACAAGCAUUGAAAGAUUCACUCCCGAAUGCGGGUAUUCUGGCGAAACCUCAUAUUGAGUCAAGAAUAAGAACUGUGAAGAAAGAGUGGCAGGUUGUUUAUGACAUGAUCGCCAAUAAUAACACAAGUGGGUUUGGUUAUGAUAGUGUUAAUCGAUGUGGAAUAGUUGAAUCACCUAAGGUUUGGGAUUCUUAUGUAAAGGUGCAUAAAGGAGCUGAAAAUUGGAGAAAUGAAUCGCUUCCUCAUUAUGAUGACUUGUGA